AUGCAGCACAAGAAGAACCCUACCCCGACCUACCUCAACACCUACCUACCGCAGAGAGACCCCGGUUCAUGGGUCCAUCUGGGAUUCAACGACCUGCUGCAUCCACCGCCGAAUCUGAAACACGACGCCGAGAUAAUCUUGUAUCAGUUCAGUCCUAGGCGGAAGACCAUUCCUCUCAGCAAGACAAUACAUCCUAAUAACGAGGUUACACCGGCAAAGAUGGACCAGCCGAUAAUACAGGAGUCGAGGAGUAGUCUCGAAGCCGUCCAUCCUGCUCAACGUCCACACCACCUCUCGAGUGAUGAACCGGAUAGCGAGCCUUCGGAGGUUUUGCCGGGUUUGGCUAAUCGUGUCAUGCGGCGCAUCGUUGUGAGGCGGGAGUGGCAUGUUGCCACUGAUAAUUGCGCGUCGGUCGUCACCGUGCCAGAGUCCACUGGUUUCCACGAGGUCGACGUGCUGCUCGGCUUCCUCGAGCAUAUAUUCGGCGAGCCAGAGGUGGUCCUCGGAGAGUAG